CACACUGCCCCGAUGCCAGGACCCCGCGGGAUUCCCAGCUCUCAGCUCCCCGAGACACCAAUACAAAGAAAAAGGGGAACUCCUGCUCCUCCACCGACAUAAAAGCAGCGCAGCCCCUGCAGCAGCCACCGAUCCCACAUCAGUUUCAUUGGGCAGAGGCAUGGCAGAGCACAGCAUCAGGAGCAGGGCAGCAAGGCUGAGGGUCGGGCACUGGGUGCUGCCAGCUUUGCUCUGCCUCCUGCUGCCAUCCACGUGGGCACUGCCUCCUCCUGCCCACAACCUGACCAAGGGACUCAACUGCUCCAGGACACUGCUGGCCGCUGCCAACGAGGCACUCCUGCAAGUGCAGAAACAGGGAGUGCUGGGAUUUGAAUGCACCCUUGAAGAGGUUGAUCUUGAAGAUGUCACCAACAGCCAAAUCAACACAAUAAAAUCCUGCACAUCUGAGGAUCCAGGGGCUGGAAACUGUCCAGUACUGGAAAGUUCUACUUUAGAUACGAGCAAAUGCCUGCAGGGGAUCUACGAAGAUCUGAAAACCUACAAGGCAGAGCUGAGGAACCUCAAGGAUCUGAGGGUGCUGACAUCCAUUGACGACAUGAUGCAAGUCCUGCAGCCCCGCAGCCCGGCCGCGCCGCAGCCCUCGCCCAGCACCAUCCUUGGCUCCUUCCAGGGCCGCAUGCGGCUCUGCGGGGUCCUGCACGCCUUCUGCCUGCGUGCCGUCACCAUCAGCAGGAUGCUGGGCUACCUGAGUGCCCUCACUGCAGAGACAUAAGAAGGAAACGCAGCAGCACGGCCGUCCUGCUGUACAGUUACUGAUAAACCACGUUCUGCUGUCGGUGCCUUCGGAGCCAGCGCCUCCAACUUCUAAGCAUGGGGACAAUAAGCUGUAUCGUAUGAGAACGUUCUCAGACCACCAAAUGCUCAGCUGUUAUUUGUCUUCAAUUUUAUUUAUUCAAUUGUAAGCUCCUGAAUUGGAUAUUUAUAAUAAUCCUGGUUUAUUUAUGAUGGUGCUCCUUAUUUAUUCUAUUUAUUGCCUAAUAAAAUUGAAGUUGACAUAAAAGCUGCAGUGACCUUUUUUUGUUGUUCCUUGGGAUAUCACACACCUCAAGGAAUGCAAUAUAUUCUAUCCUAUGAACAGGACAGAAUCGCAUUGAUCAGACUGCUAACGUAUUCACAGAAUCAUUAUGGUUGCAAAAGAGCUCUCAGAACCCCAGCACAACCCCAGCCCACCCUACCAUGCCCACAUCUCUCAGUGCCAUAUCCCCACAGUUCUGAACUCUUCAGAGAAGAAACGUUUCCCAAUCCCCAGCCUGCUCUCAAAUAAGCAGAGGACCGUGGCACCACUCAGCACUGGGGUCAUAUUUAGAACUCCCAUUUUCCUCGUUCCUCACAUCAGCUGUGUUCCUUGUGGCUUUGACUCUCCAGGGGGGUUUUGUAUCAGGUGUGUUCAAGUUGCCACGUGCUGCCUAACGCACACAUUUUGAGAGCAAAAGGUUUCAGUUAGGAAGCAAAAUCAGCCAGCUUUGCAAUAUGUGCCCCUUUAGAACUAUUUUUUGUUUGUUUGUUGCUGGAGCCACAUCAAAACUACAGGCUGAAAUUGGGUGUGCAGACAACAAAACCUCUUGUUGAUGACAACUUACCUCCAUGCUCCACAGCUACUAUCUGAUCCCUGCUGUGCCAGGCAGGCAGCUGGGCACAGCCUUUCCCCUCCAUCUCUUCCAUUGCAGGGAAAGUCUUCCUCUCUUCUUGCAAACCCAUUUGAUGUUGUGUGUUUGGAGAGAUUCAUAUUUAAGAACCUAUCUAAGAAAUAACCACUGAGGAUACGCAAACAUCCCUGCUCUCAGUGCCAUAAUUGAGAAGAAAUUAGCUAAUUGGGUAGUGAGCUUACAAAGGUAAGGCAUCACACCCUCCAACAAAAGCAUUUGGUGUUGUGAAUUACUAUCUGCAUGCACUAGAACCACUUGCUUGUGGUAAAACUAGCACUGAUAUUCUGGGAAAUGUAUCCCCCUCAUGCUCUCUUUUAUGAGAUAAAUUGUUUCAAUCUUCAAUAGGGCAAAACUGCAUAAUGUCACCUGCAUUUUUAUUAUUGGUGCCUGCUGUUGCACAUGGAGAACGACAGCUGUUUAUUAACUUCUUAGCAUACAGAGAGAACCCCCUGUCAUUUUGAAACAAAAACUGAGCUUCAGUUGAAAACCCAGGGAGAGAUGCUGAGACAAGCACCCUCCCACUCCCUUUUCCAAGCUCACCACUGCUCUGCUUGCUUAUACAGGGUCUCUCACCACAAAAGCAGAGAGAAAGCAGCAGCUGACUUGAAAUGUUGUAAGAGAAACUUCAGCAGCAAUGAGAAGAACCACUGACCAGCAGGAAUCUGCUUGGAGAGAUGGGGACACUGGCAUCGCCCCGGCUGCUGCUGCAGGGAGGAUGGCUUAGGUUGGAAAGGACCCUAAAGCCCAUCCUGUUCCAACCCCAUGCUGUGGGCUGGUUGUCCCCACCAGUCCCCACCAACCACCCAGCUCCCCUGGGCAAAGCACCCUGUGUCCCUGAUGGCAAUUCUCCUUUGCUUGCCUCAGAGAGAAGAGCCAAGGGCAGCUCCACAAGCUGUUCCUGUGUCCCAGUGCGUGUCCCCUAAAUCCUACAGCAGCAGAAGAGCCCACAAGGGAUGCACAAGGGAUCCCCAGGAAAAGGCCUGACCAGAAACACCAU